AGUUGCUAGUCACAGGAGCCACAAUGGCGAUUGUAGUCUCCUUCAGCUAGGGCUGUGGAUGAUACGAAAUCCACCAGCAUCGCCCUAAAUAUAGGCCUGGUUGAUUUCCAGAGCCAUUAAUAAUAAACAGGAACAUCUACUACACACGAAUAUACUAUGAUUUCUGAUCAAUAUCCAGUCUAUAGGGGAUAAAACUUACAUUAAAGGGAACAUGUAAACAGCAUCAACCGGGUCAAGUUUUCAUUUUGUUGGAGAAACGAGCGUCUUUUACUCAAGGCGUUUGCUUGUUUCUGAAAGCUUAGACCGUUAUUCUGUGGAAUAAAAGUACGUUUUCUUAACUUGGCACCGGACAAGGACAGCUUUCACAAAGGGACUAUUUUUCUUUUUUAGGAGCCUGCUCGCUAGCCGUCGAGCAUUAGCUAGCUGUGCUAGCUACGUUGAGACGGACGCGACACCUCAAUGCUCCUAUGUUGGGUUUGGACCUUCUUCCGCUGAGUGACUCGGGGGUUCAGAUUCAGCUGCAUAGGAAAACUACCUUGGAUUUAUUUUUAUUUUAUUUUUUUGUGGCAAAUUACACCGGUGAGCAAAUGGAAUGAAUUGGCGCCGAGGAGGACUAACACGGAAGCCGGCGUGAGGUAUGCCAGGGUCCGACCGACACCAUGGGGCCAGGAAGACGGAUUCGAGCGGCGGAGCGCCACACCAGAACCAAGGCCCUGCUCCUAUCUUCGAGGGAAACAUGACGAGCAAAGACGGUAAAUCGCUGCUUAAAUCUUCAAUGUCAACUUCUUCGAAACGAAAGCGGCACAAAUCAAACAAAUCCAAUCGUGAAUCCUCGGGAGUACCGGGACAGACGGGCUUUGCCCCCGGUAACACGGCGCCUCCUGGUGUCAACACGGUGAAGCCUCUGGUGGAGUACGACGACAUCAGCUCCGACUCGGACACUUUUUCCGACCCCCCUUCCUCCAGGCCUUCCGAGAGGGGGGGCGCGGAUCGGCUGGAUCUCUCGCCUUCACCUGAAUACGAAGUAGAGGAUGUCAGCAGGAAGAACAAGGGUCAAAGACACCCCCGUAAAAAGCCGAAAGACCCGAAUAAAGUUAGAGACCCUGGGAAUGGGGAGCGUGGGUACAAGAAAAAGAGCAGCAAAGAUCGCGAAAAGGGCAACUCUGGGAAAGCCAAGGAAAAGACUGCUUCAUCUGGAUCCUCUUCCAAACACCAGCUCCAACAGGAUGGCGACACAAAGCGCGUUGAAUCGGCACUUUCUUUACAGACUGUCGUCAGUGUGGGCAGCACCCCAUCCUCUACAUCUUCAUCUCGCAGUAAGGAGAGCAGCCGCUCAGGGAAGUCUCACAAAGAGAAGCAGCAGAGAAGAGAAGGCCGAGGAGAAGGGAACCGCAGCUCCUCACACAGGAACCGGACAGACAGGACUCACCGCAAGUCCUCCAAGAGCCACAAGUCAAGCCCUAAGGGGAAGUCUUCAGGCAGAGGGAGCCCCCGCAGAAAGAGCGCCGGCUCUGCUUUAUUAUCUAGUCCCAGAAGAGGCAGCGAGAGUCCGCUGGGGGGUAACUAUGGGCAGCAGGGGGAUGACGGUUACUCCAGGCGGAGGCAGGCCCAGAAGAGCCCGAGCCCCUAUGGGGAUCUGUCUCGCCGCAGCAGGCAGAGGUCGGGCAGUCCUUAUGGCAGCAGGCACAGGUCCUCCAGCUUUGAGAGGGACUCCAGCCCUUAUUCCAGGAGGCGAUCCAUCAGCCCCUACGCCAGCCGCAGGUCGUCCAGCACAAGCCCCCUGUCCCGACGCUCAGCUCGUUCCAGAAGUCGAUCUCCGCUGUCCUACUCCUCCCGUCGCUCCUCCUCACGUUCACGCAGCAAGCGGCAUACCUCUUCAGCUUUAGGAGGUGGCAGCUCCCACAGCAGUCAUCCAGCUAGCCGCUCCUCUCCUUCCUCUCGCCUGCCCCUCAACUCCAGCUUGGGUGCAGAGCUUACCCGCAGAAAGAAAGAGCGCCUGGCUGCUGAGGCGGCUGCUCGUGGCAACGCCAGUGGCACGGCUUCCCCUCUCCCACCCACCCCAAAACCCGGAAGCUCCACAUCAGCACGGCCUGCUAAAACGGAGUCGCCGCUGGUGGAAAGAGACUCUAUAGCAAAGGUGGAACCUCAGGCUCAAGCAACUGCACAAAUAUCCUCCGAUACUCCCAGGAGUGAAGAUCAAGUUACGGCACCUUUACCUUCCUCCCCUACCUGUUCCCCUGCUCCUCCUCCUCCUGAGCCCUCCCCUCCUGCGCCCCCCUGUCCUGUCACCCAGGUGCCACCACCUCCCCCUCAGCCAGAAACGGUUAACCUGCCUGGCUCGCAUCAGGCGAAAUCCCCAGGUUAUCUUCCCACACGCAGUCCUGUUCGGCAGACACCACUCCACAAGACCUCAACUCUACCGCCUCUGCCCUUACCCCCUAUGCUACUGGCAAACACUCAGGACAGUCCAAAGAGAUCCACCCCUCCCCAGAGGCCACAGAGAAAGGAGAAGACUGUGAGCAGCCGGCCUUCCCUCAUUGAUCUUCCUCUACCGCCCACUUUGCCUGGAGCCGACUCGUCGCCCCCUCAGUCUCCUGUCCGUCAGCCUCCCCCUGUACCCCAACAACCCCUCAAGAAGAGACCAAAGAUCUGUUGCCCACGAUAUGGAGAGAGAAAACAUAACCUGAGCGACUGGGGCAAACGCUGCGUAGACAAAUUUGAUAUAAUUGGGAUUAUAGGUGAAGGCACAUAUGGCCAAGUGUACAAGGCGAAGGACAAAGACACAGGGGAACUUGUUGCUUUGAAAAAAGUGCGUUUGGACAAUGAAAAGGAGGGUUUCCCCAUCACUGCCAUAAGAGAGAUAAAGAUCUUAAGGCAGCUCAAGCAUCGCAGUGUUGUCAACAUGAAGGAAAUCGUCACCGACAAGCAGGAUGCCCUUGACUUUAAAAAGGAUAAAGGUGCAUUUUACUUAGUAUUCGAGUACAUGGACCAUGACCUGAUGGGCCUUCUUGAGUCGGGCCUGGUCCAGUUCUCCCAAGAACACAUCCGUAGUUUCAUGCGUCAACUGAUGGAAGGUCUGGACUACUGUCAUAAGAACAACUUCCUGCACAGGGACAUCAAAUGUUCCAACAUACUGCUCAACAACAGAGGUCAGAUCAAGCUGGCAGACUUCGGUUUGGCUCGACUUUACAAUUCUGAGGAAAGUCGACCAUACACUAAUAAAGUAAUUACACUAUGGUACCGUCCCCCUGAACUGCUGCUUGGCGAGGAGAGAUACUCCCCAGCCAUCGACGUCUGGAGCUGUGGGUGUAUUCUUGGAGAGCUCUUCACUAAAAAACCCAUCUUCCAAGCAAACCAAGAACUUCUACAACUGGAACUCAUCAGCCGUCUGUGUGGAAGUCCUUGUCCUGCAGUGUGGCCUGAUGUCAUUAAACUUCCUCUAUUUAACACCAUGAAACCUAAGAAGCAGUACAGACGGCGGCUAAGGGAGGAGUUCGCCUUUUUGCCGACUCCUGCUCUGGACCUGCUGGACCGAAUGUUGACCCUCGACCCUUCACGUCGCUGCACUUCGGAACAAGCUCUUCUAAGCGACUUCCUUACUGACAUAGAUCCUGGCAGAAUGUCGCCGCCAGAUCUUCCCCAUCACCAGGACUGUCAUGAGCUAUGGAUUAAGAAGAAGAGACGUGCGCGGCAAAGUGGGUUGUCUGAGGAUGUGCCUGUGCCCAAAGUGCCCCGUAAAGAUACAGCUGGGACCUCCAGUGGAGAAAACAGCCGACCCCAAAGCAGCCCACCUGGAGCUCCGCCCCCUCCACCAGGAAAGCCGCCCUCCACAGCCAAAUUAGAGGGUGAGCUGGCAGGUGUUGGAGCCGCUGCAGAGCAACUGAAUCAAACAGAGCUGGCCGUGCUGCUUAACCUCCUCCAGGGACAGACUGACCUGAAUCUGCCCCAAGUGGCCCAGCUCUUUAACCUAUCUGAAAUAGAGACUGUUGGCCAGUUGAUAUCAACUCUUAGUGAGGCUUCUGAACACCAGGGGGCUCCAGAGGACCAGGCUCAGCCUCCUGCUAUGUCCCAGCCCCCAGAGCCGCCUCCUGAACCCCAGGAGGCCUCACCCACAUCUGGAGAAGCUCCUCUCAGCCAGGAAGACCAGGCCAGCCUGCUGGCUCUCAUUCUGGGUCAAAUCAUAAAACCGCAAACCGAGGAGCAAAGCGAUGAAAGCAAUGGCGUGAAGUCAGAGGAGGCACUUGCGCGCGGUUCGUCCGCUUCUACUACUGAUUCCAAGGAUGGCGCUGUGUCAAAAAGGAAACAACUUUUGGUCAACCAGUUGGCUUCAAGUGGUGAACAGCGGCCCCCCUCUCCACCUGGGUCACCUCCAUCAGCUCCUCUCCUAAUGAACUCCCCACAAGCAGAAACUCUGCCUAACAACCAGGAAAUCAGCCCUGCUGUGGCUGCUGCCUUACUGCAGCUUAUAUCUCAGCCAGACCGGGAAGCUGUGACCUCCAAGCGAAGUAAGGACCCUUCCCCGGCUGUAGAUGCUGCAGGCCAUGAAGAGCUUCCCCCACCCUGGGUUCCAGACUCUCCAGUUAAACCUUCAGCUCCUGCUGAGGCUCCAGCAGUGUUAGCCUCCUCUGCUCCCACCUCACUGCAGUUCCCAAAGGACCAGGACCUCCGGUUUUCCCACGGAGCAGCUCGCUGACUUUAAUAUUGGGUGUCAUUGGACAGCUCCAGCAAUUCAGACCUAAAAGGAAAGGCAGAUGGAGAAUGCAGCCACAGAAAGUGAGUCACUGGACCAAGAGCAGGUAGUGAAAGUCAAAGAUUUUGAAAAUGAAUGUCUAAAUGAAAGAGAUUUAGUUUUUUUUUCUCCAGGUAAUGAACAUUUUGCCUGAUGGAGCAAGCUGGUCUGUUGCGUCAGUGGAGGUUUCUGGACAGGGGGGUCAUCCCAUCCUAAGAUGGUUCAGUUUGCAUCACUCACCGCCUCCAAAUCAUUGCUCUUUUUCCCAACACCGAUGAGGCUGGACUAAUAAACUGAGUGCUAUGCAACUGACACUUAACUCUUAGUACCCCCCUCCCUUCUAAAUGAUUGUCACUUCCGCUGCGGUGGCUCUUCAGUGCGUUUAUCAGUGUUAAGUAUAGUGUUUUUCAGUUUAUUCUUAGUGCUAGCUCCCGUUUACAGUCUGAUGUCACCGUCGUGGCGCCAGCCGCCCUUUCCUGGCAUGUGGGAGACUGUUGCUUCAGGUCUGUGUAUGUUGCAGAAGCAUUUGUUUUGUUUUAUGCCCAGAAACGUUGCAUCCUGGGAUGUACUGCCCUUAUUGAACCGUGGCCCUCCUACAUGCAGCAGUGGUUUCUGUUUUUACUGAGCCCCUGGAUGGAAGGAUUAUAUCAAACAUUAUAAAUGACAUCUCUGCACAAUCCUACUCUGCUAGUUGACAUUAAGUUGAAAUAAACGCUCAUACUGGUUCACCUGGAUUUCCUCUGUGGACCCUUAACGCUUCAUCCACCCCCCCCUUUUUUCUUUCUGUCGACAAGAUUAUUUUCUAUCUGAAGUGACAAAGCGUGUUAAAAAGUGAUGAUUAGCCAUUCUGCUUCAGAUUUUCUUGCUUUAAAAACAAAAGGGAAAGAUAACGUCUGUAAAAUAAAAGGCGGAAUAAAAGAAAAAACAAACUUUCGAAUGUUUUUUUGGGGCGGGAGUGGUAGUUCAUUAAAAAAAUAUGCCACUAGAUGAAUUUGUUUUUUUUACUGCCUGUUUGAUUCUGUGUGGAUUGACCACUAGAUGGUAGGCAUUUCCUAGUGAAGGUCAAAGGAUUUUUUUUUUAUUAUAUAAAGUGAGGUCAAGUCACAAUCAGUAUUUCAUUUUUAGUUUGCAGGCUGUUUUUGGCAAAAGAAACACUUUGAUUGCAGGAUACUAAUAAAAUGAGCUCAGGUGUGCAAUAAAAGAUGAGUGGAAACCUGCAAUACAGCAACAAAAAUCAAACUAUUUGUAAGAAGUCUCAUUUGGAUUUUUUUUUUUUUUAUUAGUCUUAAGUAUUUCUUAUUGACAGUGGUUAAAUAUCCACAUUAUUCCCA